GAAAAUAUACAGAGAAAUAUGGCCAAUAUUAUGAUUCCCGAGACUCAACUCACUACAAACGGCAAAGCGAUCCCGCUUCUCGGCUUUGGAACAGCCGAGUACCCAUUUGGCUCCGCUGAGAAUGUGAAGGAACGCCUUCUUGACGCAAUCCAAUUAGGUGUUCGACACUUCGACUCGGCCUCACUUUACCAAUCCGAGGAGCCCCUCGGAAAAGCCGUGGCUGAGGCCCUUGAACUUGGCCUCAUAAACUCGCGUGAGGCGCUGUUCAUCUCCACGAAACUCUGGUGCAGCGAUGCACAUGGUGACCGCGUCGUCCCUGCGCUCCGGAGAUCCCUCAAGAAUCUCGGGCUCGAGUAUGUUGACCAGUAUCUGUUGCAUUUUCCGGUGACCUUGAAGCCAGGUGAGUGUAAGCUUCCAGUGUUGAAGGAGGAUCUGCUUCCGUUUGAUUAUGACAGUGUAUGGAAGGCCAUGGAAGAGUGUCACAAGCUGGGCUUGGCCAAACAAAUUGGAGUGAGCAAUUUCUCAUGCAAAAAGCUUGAGAAGUUACUCAGCAUCGCUGAGAUUCCUCCUGCCGUCAACCAAGUGGAGAUGAACCCUCUGUGGCAGCAACAGAAGCUUAGGGAAUUCUGCAAGGAAAAGGGAAUACACAUCACCGCCUACUCUCCCUUAGGCUACUCUCCCUUAGGCGCCAAAGGAUCGUUUUGGGGGACCAAUAGAGUGAUGGAAUGCGAGGUGCUGCAUGAGAUUGCCAAAGCCAAAGGGAAGACGCUUGCCCAGAUUUGUCUAAGGUGGGUGCAUGAACAAGGAGUCAGUGUGCUAGUGAAAAGCUUCAAGAUAGAGAGGAUGAAAGAGAACCUUGACAUAUUCGACUGGAGCUUGAGCGUUGAAGAGCUAGACAAAAUUCGUCAGAUCCCACAAAAGAAAGGAUUUCCCGGACUUGAAUUUAUAUCCCCAGAUGGUCCUUACAAGUCUCCCGAAGAGUUUUGGGAUGAGGAGAUUUAA